GCGGUGUCCGGGGCGGCCAUAUUGGAAGCGGGGGAGGAAGAGGCAAGCGAGGAGUGAGAAAGAAGGGCAGACCUAAGCCGGGCUAAGAGAUGAGCGGCAACAGCAGUAAGAGAGCUCCGACGACGGCAACGCAGAGGCUGAAGCAGGACUACCUGCGGAUCAAGAAAGACCCGGUGCCUUACAUCUGCGCGGAGCCGCUGCCUUCCAACAUCCUGGAAUGGCAUUACGUGGUCCGAGGGCCCGAGAUGACCCCUUAUGAAGGUGGUUAUUAUCACGGAAAACUCAUAUUUCCCAGAGAAUUCCCCUUCAAGCCGCCCAGUAUUUAUAUGAUCACCCCUAACGGACGGUUCAAGUGUAACACACGCCUCUGCCUCUCCAUCACAGACUUCCACCCAGACACAUGGAACCCAGCGUGGUCUGUCUCUACGAUACUAACAGGUCUUCUUAGUUUUAUGGUGGAAAAAGGACCAACACUGGGCAGUAUAGAAACCUCAGACUUUACAAAACGUCAGCUGGCAGCACAAAGUUUAGCGUUUAACCUGAAGGAUAAGGUGUUCUGCGAGCUGUUUCCAGAGGUAGUAGAGGAAAUCAAACAGAAACAGCGAGCGCAGGAAGAGCUCAGCUCCCGGCCUCCGACUCUCCCUCUCCCCGAUGUGGUGCCGGACACAGACGCUCACCUCGGCCAGAACGGCGGCGCCCUGCUAAACGGUCACGUGCCGUUAGCAGCCGCCAAUCACCCCGGCCUGCAGCAGCCGAACCGUAACCACGGACUUUUGGGGGGAGCGUUGGCCAACGUCUUCGUUAUAGUAGGGUUUGCAGCCUUUGCCUACACAGUGAAGUAUGUACUGAGAAGCAUAGCUCAAGAAUGAAACGUCAUCUGGACCCCCCCCCCACCCCGAGAAUCAGAGACCAAAACAGCGCUAAUCGGGAAUAAUAAUGGAACCGCUAGGAGACACUGGACUCAUUCAGCGCCGUGUACUGGUUGUUACUAUUUGUGCUACUCUCGUGCAGGUGAACUGUCAGUUGGCUCAUGGGUUUAUCGUUUUUUAGAACAGGAGACGAUCGGUCGCGGGUUGUUUCGUGGCGGCAAACAAUAUAACAGAGACCCGUUCUGGGUUUACCGCGUUCUCUUUUGUUGUUCUCAGUGGCUGCCAGAUGUCUACCAUCUACUUUAGUAUAUAAAAAAAAAAGAA